UGCAAACGUUUUGCGGAAAACGGUUGGUUGAACUUCCGUUUUGUGCAACACAUUUUCCUUACACGGACGUGGGAAACCCGUUUAGACUAUUGUGGAAUAACACAUAGCUAUCUAUCUGAAUUAACACCGACAAUGCCUUUACGAGAGUACCAAAUGCAGAGUGCCGAUUUAGAGGUGACUGACAAGAUGAAGCAAGAUUUUGAAGAUGCAGGCUAUAUUCUUGUCAGGAAUUUGCUAAAAAACAAGGAAUUGGCUAAAGUGAAAGAAGCACUGGAGACCAACGAUGCCAUCAUUAAACAUGCAUAUUCAAUGUCUGAUGGCCAAGAAGGUAUGACAAAGAUGUGCUUAUGGAGUCAUCCUGGAAAUGACGUCACUGGAAUGGUAGGACGCUGUGAGAAGGUCGUUGGUACGUGUGAAAAGCUUCUUGGGGGUGAGGUGUAUCACUACCACACAAAACUGAUGAUGAAGGAAGCAAAGACGGGUGGACGACAUCUCUGGCAUCAGGACUAUGGGUAUUGGUACAGGAACGGCUGUCUGUUUCCAGACAUGAUGACUGUCUUUAUUGCCAUCGACAAGUCUUACAAGGGAAACGGAUGCCUGGAGAUUCUAGAGGGGUCUCAGAAGUGUGGGCGGAUUGAGCACGGUUUUGUUGCUGCCCAGCAAGGCGCCGAUCUGGAACGAGUGAAGGAACUAGAAAAGAAGCUGGAGCAUCUUUAUGUGGAGAUGGAGCCAGGCGACGCACUCUUCUUCCACAGUAACCUGCUGCACACGUCCAGCGCCAACAACAGUCCUGACCGUCGCUGGGCCUUCCUGUGUGCUUACAACAGAGCCAGCAACAACCCUGUGUUAAAACACCACCACCCCCAGUACACACCGCUCACCAAGGUUCCAAACAGUGCAAUUGCUGAUUGCCAGAACAUUACCGACACGGAGGGAAAAGAGUUUUUAAAUCCGGCAGAAGACAAGACAAUAAAAUUGGAUUCCAAAUAAAGCAGACGACACAAAACUCGAUGCUGCAAAUUAUACACAAGAUCAGCAUAGCUUGUAAAGUGAUUGCAAAAUAAACAGAAAUGCAAAUAA